AAUUCUUGUUAGUCUACACAAAACGCCACAGCGCAGCAGACGUGUGAACGAACAGAACGUGCUGAACGGUAAACGGCAAACGGUAAACAGCCCACGGCGAAUGGCAAAUGUAAUCCAAUCGUAAAUGAAUACGCGUGUGGGAGGCAUUCAAAUAUUUAUUGCUGUUGUGAUAUAAAUAUAAUAAAAGCAUAAGUCUUUAACUUAAUAAAAUGCAGGGCUAGCAACAAAUAGAAAACAAAUUUAGACAAACAACAAUAAAUUAUACAAGAAUCUGUAGUGCAAAAUGGUGAAAAUCGUUGACGAGCUCAACGCACAUCAUCAUCACCAUCAUCCACAUAAUCACGCGCAGCACACACAUCAUCCACAGCCAAAUACGCAUCCGCUUUCGCAUUCGCAUCCGCAUCUUAAUACCGUCGGCGCAUUGAAUCUGAAUUUGAAUCUCACGCCGGCUACGCUGCUCAUGAAAAUGGCUCGCACGCCGCAUCUCAAGUCCAGUUUCUCCAUCAAUUCCAUAUUGCCGGAGACGGUGGAGCAGGAUGAGCAGCGGGACGAGGAGGAGGACCAGCAGCGACAUCAGGCGGAACAAAAGUUCAACAAUAAUAAUAAUAACAACAACAACAACAAUAACAACAAUAGCUCCCCACUGGGCUCAGAGCCAGAGAGCGAUGUGGAAUCGGAUCUGGAUGUGACCUCCAUGUCGCCCGCACCCCGCGUUGAUGUGGACGAACCCGAUGAUGAGGAUGUGGAUGCUGAGGGCGACGGAGAUGCAGAAGGGGAGGAGGACGUGGAAUGUGAUAACGAUGGCGAUUCAGAGACCAAAUCAACAGAUGGCAAACCCAUCAAGGACAAGAAGGGCAACGAGAAGCCGCCGUACAGCUACAAUGCGCUCAUCAUGAUGGCCAUCCGGCAGAGUCAGGAGAAGCGUCUGACAUUGAAUGGCAUCUACGAGUACAUCAUGACCAAUCAUCCGUAUUAUCGGGACAACAAACAGGGCUGGCAGAACUCCAUCCGGCACAAUCUCAGCCUGAACAAAUGCUUUGUGAAGGUGCCGCGGCAUUACGAUGAUCCCGGCAAGGGCAACUACUGGAUGCUCGAUCCCUCGGCGGAGGAUGUAUUCAUUGGUGGCUCCACCGGCAAGCUGAGACGUCGCACCACCGCCGCCAGUCGCUCACGCCUGGCCGCCUUCAAGCGCUCGCUGAUCGGGCCGAUGUUUCCCGGCUUGGCGGCGUAUCCACAGUUCGGACAGUUCCUCACCUAUCCACAGGCAGCGCCCAGCCUGCUGGCCAGCAUGUAUCAGCGCUACAAUCCCUUCGCGCCAAAGAGCCCAGCCGCGGCGGCGGGUUUGCUGCCGCCCAGUUUGGUUGGCCAUCCGGGUGGAGCGGCGCCACCGCAACCGCCCCCGCCGCCCUUCGUUAGCCCCGCCAGCAGCCAGGAGCUGUACCAGCGACUGCAAUACCAGCAGCUGCUGCAUCAGCAUGCCGCCGCCGCCGCUCUGGCGGCACAUCAAAGGCAGCUCAGCGCAGCGAUGCCCACUGCGCCGGCGCCACAGCCACACAUGACACAUCUCGGCCAGCCACCGUCAUCGCCCAGCCUGCUGCAGCAGCAGCAGCAGCACCAGCUUCUUCAGCAACAGGCCAACGGCGAUGCCAACUCCCGUUCUCCUGGUCCAGCUCCGCAGCCGCUGCCGCAGCCGCAGCCGCUGCUCAAGCCCGUCACAGUUGUCACACGCAACAGCUGAAGCAGCUGCUGGGCCGGCAUGUAGUGUAUAAGUAUUCGUUGUACAUAAA